AUGCAUCAGUCUAGUCUCGGUGUUUGUUCAACGGUUGGUUGCGCGACUUUAAACAAUCUGCCGCAACCAGGCAGCCACACUUUCAAGGCAUGCAGUUCAAACAACAACAACAUUCUCCAUGGUUGCAGUGAGAAGACGAAUGAGUUGGGUUUGUUGGUUCUCGACGGUGGGUUCUUCCUCGAGGGUUGUCUCAUCCCGAUACUGGCUCUCGUCACUGUCAUCACCAACAGUAUCGUCUGUCUGGUGCUUACCUCAAAGGAGUAUGAGACAGUUUAUCCAUGUAAAUUAUCCAUUGAUUUGUUUAAUGUAUAA